CCUUAACCCCACACUUCAAUCAUAAAUAAUCAGUCUUCUCCUGCACGAAAUCUCGAGUUUGUGUGAAGUGCAAAAACCAGCCAUGGGUUCCGAUGCUGAUAUGGAGGAUUAUGGUUUCGAGUACUCGGACGAGGAGCCUGAGGAACAGGAUGUUGAUAUUGAGAAUCAAUACUACAACUCCAAAGGCUUGGUUGAGACAGACCCGGAAGCAGCACUGGAAGGUUUUGGAGAGGUGGUUCGUAUGGAACCCGAGAAGGCUGAAUGGGGAUUUAAAGCUUUAAAACAGACUGUUAAGCUUUACUAUAAGCUUGGGAAAUACAAAGAAAUGAUGGAUGCUUACAGAGACAUGUUGACUUAUAUUAAAUCUGCAGUGACUAGAAAUUACAGCGAGAAAUGCAUAAAUAAUAUCAUGGAUUUUAUUUCUGGAUCUGCUGGUCAAAACUUUAGCCUUCUACAAGAGUUCUAUCAGACGACGUUGAAGGCCCUUGAAGAGGCGAAGAAUGAGAGACUAUGGUUUAAAACAAAUCUGAAGUUGUGCAAAAUAUGGUUUGACAUUGGCGAAUAUGGACGGAUGAGUAAGAUUCUGAAGGAGCUUCACAAAUCUUGUCAAAAAGAAGAUGGUUCUGACGAUCAGAAGAAAGGUACACAAUUGCUGGAAGUCUAUGCUAUUGAGAUCCAAAUGUACACCGAGACUAAAAACAACAAAAAGCUGAAGGAAUUAUAUCAAAAGGCAUUGACGGUGAAAUCUGCUAUACCUCAUCCGAGAAUCAUGGGGAUAAUUCGUGAGUGUGGUGGAAAAAUGCAUAUGGCUGAGCGGCAGUGGGCGGAGGCGGCUACAGAUUUCUUUGAAGCUUUCAAGAACUAUGAUGAAGCUGGGAAUCAGAGGCGCAUCCAGUGCUUAAAACUGAUAAUUUUUGGAUAUGCUGCCAUGGUGAACUCAAUUGAGUGGGGCUUAUGUGUCAGAUAUUUGGUGCUGGCAAAUAUGCUGAUGGAAUCCGAGGUCAACCCGUUUGAUGGUCAAGAAGCAAAGCCGUACAAAAAUGAUCCUGAGAUUCUGGCAAUGACAAACCUGAUUGCAGCUUAUCAGAGGAAUGAGAUUUUGGAAUUUGAGAAAAUACUUAAGAGUAACAGGAGGACUAUAAUGGAAGAUCCGUUUAUUCGAAACUACAUCGAAGAUCUUCUGAAGAAUGUGAGAACACAAGUGUUGCUCAAGCUCAUCAAGCCUUACACGAGAAUUCGGAUCCCCUUCAUAUCCAAG